AUGGUCGAAAAAUCAGUCCACAAGCACGUGAGAUAUGACAAACAUAUUUCAGCGCUUGCAGCUUUUUAUGCCGCUCAGGCAGCCAGUGCCUCAUCAUCGAGGCUCGAGACGGUGAUUAGCCCUUCAAUUGGCGGUACUGGAGAUGAUCCGUUGCAAGCAGCCGAGGCGGAGGUUUACGAGGACGCUCAGACAUCUGCGGCAUGGUGUCGAUGGGAAGGCCUCGAGACCGAACAUGAGGAUCAAGCUGUUGCGGGCGUAACGGACGGCAGCGAGGAUGAACUCAACUAUUCAUCUGAGUCUUUUGCGGGAUCAGCUCGGUCUGGAUAUGUGUCGGACUCGGAAAUGUCGGCUUACGACUCCAACAACGAGGCUGAUGAUGAAGAAUGGGACUUGCCCAACAACCGAAGUGAAGCCGAACUGGAUGAAUCAUACAGGGUCGGUCACAACAAUGAACCUGGCCGUCCCCGUCACUCUCGCCAAGGAGACAACCCAUGGUGGCCAUAUAAGAGCAAAGAGUAUUUGGUUGCAUCCCUCUUGAUUGGUUACACUCACCACAUCGUUUCUCGAGCUUUGUAUGCACAUAUUCGACUGCUCUUCAAAUUCUACGAUAUUAUUCUACCUGACUGGACGACCAUUCGACGCGAGAAGAAAAAAAAGCGCACCUUGCUUGAUUUCGAAGUGUUGCCCAGUGUUUCUAUAUUUAGCACCCCCACCUACCGCUUAAGCCUUCCAAGGGUACUUGCCCAAGAAGUUGCGAAUCCUCAAGUCAGCCCAGUAAUUGAUUACUAUCCGCAACAGGCGAAUGGUCAAAAUAUUUAUAAACUUUCUCAAUCCGCAAAGUGGCUCUCCGAGUUGGAACCCACGUGCAGGGCACCAAUGUACCGAUCAUCAGGUGUUGAUUGGUAUUUGUAUGAGCCGGUACAGAUGAAGAAUGAUGAAGUCUUAAUUCCUGUGUUCUUUUUUCAAAUGGACGGUGAAAUGUACUCCAAGUGUGCGGUGCCUGAUUAUCAGCCUGUCGGUGAUGGGAACCAGCUCCGGAUGACGUUCCCGGGAGGGAUUCCUUUUGGUUGUGAAAGGCUGAGAACUGUCAAGGUGUCUGACUUUGAUUAUAACUAUCUUGAGAUUACAGACGCAGAAGGCCAACUGCUGGCCACUCGCUGUUGGGACUCAAUCUAUGGUGAGGGUAUAAUUGUGUAUCUUCAUUCCGGUUUGCAUGAACUGAGAAGUUUGGGCUAUGACUGUUCAGAAUUAGGAGAAAAUCAAACCACGUGGCAUCAUCUGCCCAACCCAUGGCGUGCAAAGGCAAACGGCCGAGUGAUAAGGCAUAUGCCAAUCAACCUGUAUUCCGAUGACACCUCUGGAAACCAAUCGAAGCGUUGGAACAAACACAUAUCCUAUUAUUUCACAUUGUCGGGGCUCCCGCCGAGUCGGACCAACCAAAAUUACAAUUGUCACUUUCUUACCACUUCGAAUAUUGCUGGAGCCAUGGAGCUGGCUGCACCAAUAGUCUCUGACCUUCGGAUGCUUGCUUUGGAGGGUUAUCCAGCUUUUGACUGCACUAUCCAGGAAGAGGUCCUUGUUGUAUCGAACAUCUUGUGCUUUCUGGGGGACUCGCCGAUGCACGCUGAGAUCACGAGCACACCUAAUCCUGGUAAUUCCCUCCACCCAUGCAGGGCAUGUGCUUUGUCAGCAGCCAGUGUCAAAGCAAAGGCAACACUUGAUUAUGUCCGCUUUUUCUUCAUGAUAGGCCCUACAGGUUCUUGGGUUAAGCAUCCACCACGCUUGUGGGAGCAGAUCAAAACUCAGUGCUACAAUGUGUGGACCAUGGCUAAGAAACCGAGGACCAAGACGGCCGUUGGAAAUAGCUCAUCUACGCAUGGGGUGAAGGAUAUGAUCAACAGAGCUGUUAUUGACCAGAGAUAUGAAGUGCUUGAAUUGGGACCGGAUGCAACUGCUACUCAGAAGCGUUUCUUGGAGGAGAUCAAAGAGCUUGAUCGGUCUAAUCCAGAACGACUGUUAAAUCCUUACUUUGAGGCCCCAGGUUUUGAUGGAUGUCGUGACACCCCUGUUGAGAUCCUUCAUGUGUUUCUUCUGGGGGUAGUAAAAUACAUGGUCCGCGACUUCAUGCGUCGCCUGUCAGCCGAGGAUAAACUACACGUCAAAGCUAGGUAUCAAUCCUUUAACGUUGAUGGCCUCAAUAUUGCAUCCAUCCAGCCAUCCUACCUCACCAAGCACUUUGCCAACUUCAUCGGCAAGGACUUCCGUGUAGUCCUACAAGCUGCUCCUUUUGUGCUGUUCAAAUACAUGGACGACAGGGAGAGGGAACUAUGGAUUGCACUGUGUCUCCUGGCCCCAUUGGUUUUCCAGACUCACAUCGAGGAUAUGGCGGCUUUCCAAGAGCGACUGGUCUACCACGUCCGGAAUUUCUUGUACUUGCUUGCAAAGGGUACCGCGCAAUGGGUCAACAAGCCGAAAAUCCACAUGCUCCUACAUUUAAUGGACUCAAUUAUUCGUUUUGGACCGGCCUCAUUGUUUGCCACCGAAAAAUUUGAAGGCUACAACAGUACAUUGCGAAACGCUUCGGUACACUCCAACCGCCAGAGUCCAGGUCAAGAUAUUGCUGUUACCUUUGCAAACUAUCUCGUUCUUCGGCACAUUCUGUCAGGUGGCUUUUUCUUUGACAAGAAAAGUGGGAGGUAUUGCUCUGCUGGAUCGCGUGUGACAGACAUUUUUUUGCAGAACACCACAAUCCAAAAGUCAAUGGGGCUCAAUCAGGCCUUGCUUGAAGACUCAAAUCAACAGUACCCCAAUAUCAGGAAGUGGAAGGUCAAACCGGAGAAUAAGGUUCCGACUCCGCCGGAUCUGCAAGAACAUCUUCAAGAUUACGUGGUGUCACAGAUUCAUGAGGUCAACCUUGAUGCGAAGCAUGUGAUACGGGCGGGAACAUUUGUUUUGUAUGGACGUGGGCGGGAUGUGCUUGCAGGCCCCAAGCAAUUGGGACAGGUGGACCACCUGUGGAAAGCGAGAUCAGGCCGCCGUGUGGCACUAUACUUAUGCCUGACCCCUUUUGACAUGGAGUGUGUGGAUUGUUUUUACGGUAUGAGGCGGGUGAAACGAGCCCAAGGGGGUAUAUUCAUUAGUGUUGGAAAUGUGUGCACGACUUUGAACGUGCAGCAUAAUUGCCACCUGGCAAGCUGUACGAUAGCUCCUACCGUUCUGGAACGAAGGGAGAGACAGGAGACUGGCACUUACAUGGAUGGAAUCAUCCAUACGGACCGAGAUAACUAUGUUGUGAAUCUAGCUUCUUUAUCCUCAACCUUGGCUCACCAAAAUUAUUCCAACAUCCCAUUUGUGGCCAGGCAGAACCAUGACCACUUGGCAGCACUGCAUGAGGGGUUGGCAAAUUGGCAUGCUGCAGGGACCCCAACUGGGCCAGUGGGACCAAUUGAGGCAGUGGACCCAGCAUUGGGGUUGGUUGAGUAG